AUGGGGCUCCGUAAGAAGAGCACCAAGAACCCCCCGGUGCUGAGCCACGAAUUCAUCCUGCAGAACCAUGCGGACAUCGUCUCCUGCGUGGGGAUGUUCUUCGUGCUGGGGCUGAUGUUCGAGGGCACCGCCGAGGUGUCCAUCGUCUUCCUGACGCUCCAGCAUGGGGUGGUCGUCCCUGCGGGAGAGGCGCUGACCGCCGCAUCCAAGACCCUUUAUCAUUAUGGUGUCAAAGACUUGGCCACCGUGUUCUUCUACAUGCUGGUGACAAUCAUUAUCCACGCCACGAUUCAGGAGUAUGUGCUGGAUAAGAUCAGCAGGAGAAUGCAGUUCACCAAAGCAAAACAGAACAAAUUUAAUGAGUCCGGCCAGUUUAGUGUGUUCUAUGUCGUCUCUUGUAUUUGGGGCGCAUUCAUUCUCAUCUCUGAAAACUGCCUGUCAGACCCCACUCUCUUAUGGAGGGCGCAUUCCCAUAACAUGAUGACAUUUCAGAUGAAAUUUUUCUACAUAUCCCAGUUGGCUUACUGGUUUCAUGGGUUUCCAGAACUUUACUUUCAGAAAAUCAAGAAGCAGGACAUCCCUAGUCAACUUAUCUACAUUGGUCUUCACCUCUUCCACAUUGCGGGAGCUUACCUUUUGUACCUCAAUCAUCUGGGACUUCUUCUCUUGGUGCUGCAUUAUUUUGUUGAAUUGCUUUCCCAUAUGUGCGGCCUGUUUUAUUUCAGUGAUGAAAAGUACCAAAAAGGUGUUUCUCUGUGGGCCAUUGUAUUUAUUUCCGGGAGACUUGUGACUUUACUUGUUUCCGUGGUCACUGUGGGGCUUCACCUGGCUGGAUCUCAGACUCUUAAUACUGAUGCCAUGUCUGGGAAUGUGAAUGUGUUGGCCGCUAAAAUUGCUGUGCUGUCAUCCAGUUGUACUAUCCAGGCAUACAUAACGUGGACCUUAAUUACCUUCCGAUUGCAGAGGUGGAUAGAGGAUUCUAAUUUGCAGGCCUCGGGGGUGAAGAAGAAAAGGUCCACGACUAAAAGCAGGUCUUCUAGGAAAGGCACAGAAAACGGAGUGGAGACUUCAAAUAGAGUAGACUGCCCCCCAAAGAGGAAAGAGAAAUUCUCAUAG